AUGUGGGGUGCAAGCAUAUUCAACAACGUCACAAGACUAUGUGUCAACACAAAUAGCGUCAUUCAAAAUCAAGUUAGAAAUUUAUACAAGCACAAGUCAAAGUCAGCAUGCAAGAAGAGAUUCAUGUUGACCAAGACUGGCAAAGUAAAGUUUCACCCAAGAGCCAACCCUGGAACCGUUGCAUAUGUUACCAAUACCGCUGUUUUAAGUACAUUUAGAGGUACUCUCUUUUCACAAGCAUACACCAAAUCAAAGAUCGAUCCAUACAACAAGAAUCCACAUAUUACUAUCAUCGAAGUUGAAGAAGAAGAGUAUUAA